AUGCAAUAUAUAUGGUCAUGUCAGCAGUUCUUGUACAAUAUCAUUGUUUUAUGUGAGAAAAAGCAUUGAGUUAUUUUUAAGGAUUACUCGGUAAAGAAAGGAGAUCUUUGGAAGAAAAGAAGGAUUCAUUCAGUCCUUGUUCGCCGUCUGCCCCGUGUCCUUUUGUGGUCGAUCGGUCUGGGAGUUUGAAGCAGGAGUGCCUGAGAUUGAGAAAGCCGACGGUGUGUAUGUUUUCUUUUGAUAUGAGAGAUAAUCUGUAUCUCUAUUGCUUUCCCAACGAUGAAAAUAGGUAUACCUUAGAAGACUGGAGAUUGGCUGACAAUGCUUGAAUAUAGAAAGGAGAAGAGGUCUGUUGUGGUGGGGGGAUAUGCACGAGGAGUUACAUCAUAUGUAUGAGGUAUGCUAUGUUCUUUCGUAGAGAAAAUAUUGGUUAUGUCCGAGUUCACCAGAAGCACCGAUGAUAUUAGGUCCUACUCUUUGUAGAGAAGUCAGAACUCCGUAAAGAAAUGGACAUGGAUAUGAAUAUUAGUUUGCCCACUCUUAAAGCUUUACCCUGAAAAGCUAAUGGGCCAUUCGUCUGUCAAGUUCAUUGGACCAUGUGGUUACCCAUUUGGGAAAGACAACUCUAAACUACCAGUGGGAUGGUGCUUUCCCACUUCAGCAGGUCGAGUAGGAAGAGUUCCAAACUUGGGACGGAUCUAAAUUUGAUAGGCUCAUCGAUCUUUGAUACCUGAUCUACAAUAGCUUCCCGUUCCAUCGACUUCUCGCCUUCUUCAUUUCAGUUAUUACAAUCCUUCUGAAUUCAUGAAUUCUGCAUCGAAAUCUUCUAUCUUCUACCAAAGUUAUUCUCAAGGACACUACCAUGGGAUCAAAGACUGAUACUGACUUCCUUCGUUGUUGUUAGACAGAAGAUCAUUCUAUAUUUACUUUUAAGAGAUCGUCGGUUUGGUUAUCAAGCUAUCUGGUGUGUGUAUGUCAUAGACCCGGUAUGUUGAGAAACCUUUCUUCUCCAUCGCCCUUGAGAUUCGAAUGACCUUUUUUCCGUCUACUUCCCAUUUACUUCCCAUUUACUUCCCAUUUACUUCCCAUCUACCUCCCACUUCCCCUUGUUUUCUAUCCACAACAUGAAACCUCCUUGCCUUCCCCCAAUCUAUUUGGUUUCCAAAUAUUACAUCAAGCACAAUCUGAUUAUUGAUAGCAGUGGACUGUAACAGAGAAUUUGGAGACUUCCCAAUUCAAAUCCUUCUUGUUUUUAUCCAACUUUAAACGUCCAUUCAACCUCUACCAACCUUUACACUUUACUUUACUUUCCCUUAACUCACACUUGAUCUGUCGGCCCGAUACCCGGAAUUCUUGCCGUGUAUGGUAAUAACACGGUCUAGCUUCCUUUCCCUCACAUCCGAAUUCAUCUCUCGAAAUAUUCAACUUCGACAAGAGGAAGAGGGAGAGGAUUCGUUCUCCCGCAACAAUUUUGUGGAUUACGACCAGUUCUUUUCAAUUGAACCUUCCUUGGUAUAUCUUCUUGUCUACUGUCAAAAGCUUACAGCUUUCCUCUAGAGAGUAUUUCAAGCAUAUCUCGAAGAGUGUGAGUCUUCUCCUGGCCUCUGGCUUCAUUCAAAAUUCACAUUUUAGCUUCUAAUCACAACGACAGUUCAAUCUGUGUAAAGCACAGUAGCAGCUUGAAUAUACGCAUGUUAGUGUGUUCGUCCAUCGUCUAAAUUACCACAACUACACACUGAUCCGUCAUACUAAAGCUUUUCUUCAGAUCAUAGUUUCUGGCCAACCCAAUUUCAAAUACGCUCGGUAUGUGAGCUCCUUCUCGGUUUCAAAUUCAUCAGCCAUUGAAACUUCGCGUAAACUAGAGCUCAUAUUGUCGUAGUCUGUUAGGCCAAUACCACAAAACUUCAAGUUUUCAUCAUGGCGCAAGUAAUGAUGCCGGUUUGUGACCCUCUAUUUUCCAUAGAAUUUCACGAAAUUUGCUAACAUUUUAUACAGCUAACUCACUUUGACCGUCAGUAUUUCAUCACCCUUUAUCUACCACAGCAAUAUUUCAAAUCAGUUCCAAUUUUGGAAAUACAAAAGAUAAAGUCUGACGUUACCACAGAAGAUGAGAACGGUACUCCUCCUCGUCCUCCGAGCAGAAAAAAGCAGCGUGAAGCAGCUGCUGCUGCCGCUGCCGUCUUGUCAGAAGACCGUAGACGUGCUCUCCAAGCUACCUAUAAUGGAGCCAGCGCUGGUGAGGCUCGUCAGAGACUUCUUCAGAAUCCUGCAAUCUCCCUUGGACCAGGUUUUAAAUUGCAACCGACAGAAGUAAGUCGGCAACCCAUUUAUUGUCAUGGUGAUCCAGGCUAAUAAUUUUAUCUGUUUAGGAUAAGGCAUACAAUCUACUUACCCAUUACCGUAUUCCUGGACCAGAACUUGUUAAUAAAAGCGUUCCCAGCUGUGGCCUUCCAUCUGGAUGGUCUGACAAACAUGAUCGUUGCAUCGCCUACCUGUCCACACACGCUCCAUUAGUCCAAGGAAAGGUCCCUAGACAAGAGGCACUUCAACCAAGAUACACCACUCGUGAAAUUACUACCUUCAUAUUAAAGCGGUUCCCAGAGCUCUGUCGUCAUGUGAGCUUAAAAUAUGCUAUCAUUGCCGUGUGAUAUUCAACUGAUUAUGUGUAGCGUAUUAAGGAAACCACAAUUGAGUUACGUCUAGAACUACUUGAUCGUUCCGAAAACUCCUACUUUAGUGUUGCUUAUGGUGGUUAUAGUGACCAUGAAUGGGCUCGUGGUAUCUAGAAGUAUAGAUUCGCAAGUUUCAAACCUGCUAUUGUAUGUGCUGCAACUUUGCCAGAGGUGUGGAGCGAAUGUCCUGUACUACUUGUCCAUUAUGGCUGACUUGUUCCAGGGAACUCCCACAAAACUUUUAGUAGGGCAAGGCCUCGGUUUAUGCAGCACUCUUUGUGCCGUUUUGGUUUUGUGAUUGACGAUAAAUACUAUUUUCCGACGAUAAUGACUCAAGAUACUACUACAUGGCUGCCCUUAUGGUUUCACGAUUUCCUGCAUAUCCAGGUCGAUUAUGCAUCAUCUCUCAGGAUGUAUACUUCAUCUACAUACUUAUGCGGCGGAGUUUUGAAUUUUCUGCAAGCUUGGAGGUAGUUGGUGAUUAUCUUUAGAGAUUCUAGAUGGCGGUAAUGCAUAUCGUGCGCGGCCUCUUUACUAGAUUUAUCUAAAGGUCAUUGA